GUUCCAAUAAGGGGCGGGGGUUGGUUGCACUAUAAAGAUCUUAAAUUACGUUGUUGACUUUUGGGGCAUGCAUUUGAUAUUUGAAGGUAGUUUCUAGUUUCUGUUCAUGAUGUUGGGCAUGUGGCCAUGUGGGUCUUAAUACGUAAGAGAGGCCAAACUGGCAAAGGUACCUGCUUGGUUCUUAAGCGGUGAGAAACUGGCCAGUUGGAAGCAGCAGAGUGAAUCUUGGUUCCUUUGGAUCACUUUGAAACUAUCGCUCUGUUCCUUGAACACGACACCUCUUUCGGGACUCCAAUCAUUCUGGAUCGCUGCAAGACAUGCAAAAGUUCAAGCAUCACUUUCUAACUCAUAAUUGAUUUGCGAAAAACCAGCUUUCUCAGGUUUUCCCUGAAUCAGAUGAACCUCAGUUUAAUUUUAUGAUGGCCUCUGUCUCUGAUGAUGCUAAAGAAUCAUUGCUUCCAGAUACGAAAGCUCGUUCUCAUCUCAAUGAAAAGAAUGCCCUCCAGAGAAGAAGACAAAAUGGAGUGGAAUCUCCUUUACCUCACGAACCUAUAUCUGUGAAACAGCAAUUUAGCAUCAAGCAUGUGGUCUUUUUGUUGGCUGCCUACCUAGGUGGGGGCACCCUUUGUUUCUUCCUCAUCAGAAAUCAGAUCAAGGGUCAAAAAACAAAUGGGAUUCUUGAUGCCAUUUACUUCUGUGUUGUUACAAUGACCACUGUAGGAUAUGGGGACCUUGUCCCAGAUAGCAAACUGGCAAAACUACUUGCAUGCAUUUAUGUCUUCACAGGCAUGGCUCUUGUGGGGCUAAUUCUCAGUCAGGCAGCGGAUUACAUGGUAGAAAAGCAGGAAAUCCUUGUAGUCAGAGCCAUUUCCAUGAGUGGAAAAGUCAGUCCAAAUGAGAUUCUUAAGGAGGUCGAAACCCACAAAGUUAAAUACAAAUUUAUUAUGGUGGGAGUUCUUCUUCUGGUGCUUAUUGUUGUAGGAACUGUCUUCUUGUUUUUAGUUGAAGAAUUGAACUUUAUGGACGCAUUCUAUUGUGUUUGUUCAACCAUCACCACUCUGGGCUAUGGGGACCAGAGCUUCUCAACUGCAGGAGGUCGAAUUUUUGCUAUUUUCUGGAUGCUGGGCAGUACCAUUUGCUUGGCACAGUUCUUUCUCUACCUUGCUGAACUAUACACUGAAAGAAGGCAAAUAUCAAUGGUGAAUUGGGUUCUUUCACGAGAAUUGACAUUCUCGGAUCUUGAGGCAGCAGAUCUUGAUCGUGAUAAAGUUGUUAGUGCUGCAGAGUUUGUUAUAUACAAGCUUAAGGAAAUGGGGAAGAUUAGCAGCGAGGAUGUUUCAGUUGUGAUGGAAACAUUCAAGAGACUUGAUGCUGAUCAAUCUGGAACUUUGACUAAAUCUGAUCUUAUGCUAUCUCAAUCAUCCUGAGCUCAGAUCUGACAAACAUGAUCUUUGAAAGUUCAUAACUAUGCCGUUUUCUAAUUUCUAUAAUAACUUAUAAAAUGUGUUGAGAUAUUUUCUUUU